AUGUCACUUCGCAUCGCCUCUAGGCGAUUGCGGCUUCCUUCACAAUGCAGUCGAUCGUUUGCGCGUCGAGGGUUCCCACAGUCCCUCAAGCCGCUCCAAGAAGCAUCAGAAAAAAACAAUGCGAAGACGACGCAUUUCGGAUUCGAGACUGUACCGGAAGCUGAGAAGGAAGCAAGAGUCGGAAAGGUUUUCUCCUCAGUGGCAUCCUCAUAUGACACCAUGAACGAUCUAAUGUCCUUGGGCAUUCAUCGACUCUGGAAAGAUCACUUUGUCCGCUCCUUAAAUCCUGGCAGUAGAGCGGCAUCGCAAGAUCAAGCCUGGUCAAUUCUCGAUAUCGCUGGCGGCACAGGUGACAUAGCCUUUCGUAUGCUCGAUCACGCCACGAACGUAAAUGGCGACAACCUUACGAAAGUCACAAUAUCAGAUAUAAACCCUGAUAUGCUCGAGGAAGGAAAGAAAAGAUCCCUGCAAACACCUUAUGCGAACAGUGGCAGAAUCGACUUCAAAGUAGGCAACGCAGAAAAGCUGGGCUUCGUCGCAGACAACAGUAUUGACCUGUACACUGUGGCGUUUGGGAUAAGAAACUUUACAGACAAAGAUGCCGCACUUCGCGAAGCCUUUCGAGUGCUCAAACCUGGCGGCGUAUUCGCUUGUCUGGAGUUCAGCCAUGUUGACAGCUCAUUGUUCAACGCAUUCUACAAACGCUGGAGUUUUGGAGCUAUUCCUCUGAUCGGACAGGUCGUGGCUGGCGAUAGAGACAGCUAUCAGUACUUAGUGGAGAGCAUCGAAAGGUUUCCCACGCAGAAAGAGUUCAAGGCGAUGAUUCAAAAAGCUGGUUUCGUAACACCUGGUGUCGGUUAUGAAAACCUUACAGGUGGAAUCGCAGCUAUACACAAAGGUAUCAAGCCUGUUUGA